AUGGACAAAGUGCUGCUGGAGUCAAUAACUCAGAGCACAUUUCUGUCAAACACAACAGUUUGUGUUUCUCUAUUGUCUUGGACAGAGUUAUUUGGGACAACUGAAGAUGACUACACCACCUGUGAUCAUCAGAAAGAUUCUUAUUCUUCCUGGACAUCCAUCCACCCAGAAUACUGGAGAAAGUGCAAUGUCUGUGAAUGGUUGCAGUUUUGCUGUGACCAGUAAAAACUGGAUGCCAACUGCAUUUCCUUUUCCCACUUUAAAAUCAGCAGCUUACAGUUGUGCAUUAUGACCCAGGAACACUUCCUACAUGUCAUUUGUGGCAAAUACUUGUAUUUUAUCUUACAGAAUAUGAAGAUCCAUGCAUUUCUUUUUUUUACUGGUGCAGAAGAAACAAAGCCAUCCAAGGACUAUGACCUUUUGACCAAGUUGCCGCCAGACUCAGGAGUUCCUUCUUCACUUCUCACCAUGUUAUUCUGCUGUUCAGUCCCACCCUGAGAUAAGGAAGGCAUGAGGGCAGGUAACAUCAACGGCCAAGACAGUCACAGUCGUGAUAGAACAAACUUGCAGAAUUCUCAUUUGUGGGAAUUUGUAAGAGAUUUGCUCCUUUCUCCUGAAGAAAAUGGUGGCAUGCUGGAAUGGGAAGACAGGGGACAAGACAUUUUUUUGGUUGUUAAAUCAGAAGCUUUGGCAAAGAUGUGGGGACAAAGGAAGAAAAAUGAAUAUGAAAAAUUGAGCAGAUCUCUCCGAUGAGUUAACAGUUACUAUUAUAAAAUCGGCAUUUUGGAACGAGUGGACAGAAGGCUGGUGUACAAGUUUGGAAAGAACGCCCACAGAUGGCAGGAGAACAAGUUACGAACUGCCCCAUGCUUCCUUCUCAGCACAAAACAUGCCACAGCCUGGAUGAUCCAGCUGCAAUGGACACGAGAGGGGGAUUUUUUCCACUCCCUCUCUCCCCUCUGCUAG